ACUCCAAAAAAGUACCUAAAAUCAGCCCUCAAGGAUGGGUACAUUCCCCACAAAGACGACGUGUUCCUUAUCCAUGGACCGGGAGGGGUGGGCAAGUCGAGUCUUAUUGACCUGUUUCUUGGAAAACGGAGGCAGCUUAUUCGUGUCAGCACACCAGUCGCAGAGGAGUCCAUACACCUCUGUCCGGUCCGAGAUGUGUCAACAUCAACGUUCACCGACCAGUGGGAAAUGGUGGACAUCGACCGUCAGGCACGCAUGGUAGCCCACACCAGUCGACAUCUUCUUCACAAAGAAGUAGAAGAGGGCGUUACUACAGAGGACGAAGAGCCCUCUCUUACACCUGAAAAUAAUGUAUCUAAAGAUACCACCCAACAUCAAAGCCAGCAUGACAGGGAAAAUCAACCCCCUAGUGCAUUUCUAAAAUCAAAGAAAGGUCUUCCCCGCUUGGCCUCUCGAUUAGUUUCGAAGCUUAGCUCAUUGCUUAAAAAAUCUCUCACCAAGUCUCUUGGUGAUGAUCCAGAGCACAUUGAUAUUCUCGUAUCCCGAAUUAAAGACAGCUUCCAAGAAUUAAUGCGCGAGCCGAAUAAGGUACUUGAUCUUGUGCUGCACUACUCCAUUCGCCUCCUUGACUCGGGAGGGCAGCCACAGUUCCAUGAAGUCGUCUCAAUUGUCCUGCCAGCUGUUACGGGCAUAAUCUCAGUCUUCAAGCUGUCUGAACGCCUUGACGUCCACGGAGAAGUUGUUUUCUACGAGGAAGGAGAGCAGGCCAAUGAGCCUUACGAGUCAUACCUCACCAACGAGCAGGUUAUUCGUCAUGAUUUGCUGGCCUUGCAGUCUGAAGCCUGCAACAAAUCCUUUAACGAGAUGCCUAAUCUUGCUUUCGUGGGCACAUUUCUUGAUCAGCAGGAUGCUUGCACAGACGAAACGCCUGACCAAAAAGAUAAGUUGCUUCAUUCAAUUAUCACAGAAAUCCUCCCCGAAGAGCUUCAACAAUGUAUAAUAAGCAACGGCGAAUCACUGCAACAUGUUACAUUCCGGUUGAACACAAGAACGCCUAGUGCCCAUGAUUACGAGACUGCCGGACGGCUAAAGAAAGCUUUAACCAAGAAGUCACAAAUAGAGUCCAAAAAUAUCCCCCUAAAGUGGUUUGGAUUCGAAGUAGCACUGCAGAAACUAAUGGAAUCCCUCGGACGUCAGACUCUAAGUCUACAGGAGUGUGAAUUUGUUGGCUAUCAUCUUGACUUCGAUGGCCUAUCGCUUAUAGCCUGCCUCAAUUACUUGCGUGAGCUCAACAUUAUAUCCUUCUAUGAUAUCCUUCCCGAUGUUAUUUUUGGUAGCUGUCAAGUGAUCCUAGAUAAAAUUACGGAGAUCAUUAGGUACAGCCUCGAGUUGAAGAAAGGAAAUCACCCCCUUAAAGGAGCAGAUCGAAAUUUCAACCAACAAGGCAUCGUUUCGCUCGAUAUACUAAAGUCAAAAGCCUGCUCCAAGCACUAUAACAAGUACUUCACACAAGAAUGCCUGCUAAAAAUUCUCCAGUCACUUUACAUUAUCACCAAAGUUGGGGAGGGAAAAUACCUCAUGCCUUGUGUUCUUGAGGUAAACGAUAUAUACCCACCAAAUCCUCCUGCAAAUAGCAUCAUCCGAUCUUCCUUUGUCCUCCACUUCUCAAAGAAGAGCCCGAUGCUUGGAAUUUACUGUUGCACCAUCUCUUACCUUUUGACCAAAGCCGGUUGGAAGCUUUUAAGCAAGGGUGGAGAGGUGGUUCAGGUAGCUAGGAACAGCAUCACUUUUCAGCUUCCUCAGGAACUUCCAGGACAACUCACUUUCCUCGAUCCCCUCUCAUCAUACCUGGAAGUUGUAGUUGAGUUUCCAGACGUCGUUAGAACUAAGCAUCGCACCAUGCUCUAUCGGGAAAUCCGUGAGACUUUUGUCGUAGCAAUAAAACAAGCAAUGCAAAACCUUCACUAUGAGGUUAGAACGCCUGAAUUGUCUUUUCUCUGCCCCGUGCAAAGCUCGCAAUGCUCCACCUUACCUCAUUUCGCCAGAGCCAAUUCCACUCACGGCUUACUCACAUGUUCCAUUAGUCCAGACAGUGUGACUAGUCCUAUAACUCCCGACCAGGAAAUGUGGCUUCCUGCUCCCCCAAACUCUUCACACCAAGAUAGGUAACACACGAAAGAAAAAAGCUGCAACUGCACCGGCUUUAAAAGUCUCAUCUUUACAUCCAAGUUUGCCACAACUGCUUGCGAUGGAUUUGCCUCUGCGAGUCACAGAAAAGCUAGAGACAUUUGGAACCUUCCUUCUCAACGAUGAGACUGGGGACAAGAUGGCUAUAAUGAGGGAGAAGUUUAUGAGGGAUCCAGAGAAGAUCGCAAUUGAGGUUCUCAGGGAUUGGUUGGCAGGGAAGGGGGUGGAGGUGUCGUGGGAGAGCCUCAUUGCAACUCUGAGGAAGAGCAAAGUCUUACUUAUGGCUGAACAGAUACAGAUGGCACUAGACCAACUACCAUCUUGAAUAAUGUAGCUUUUUGUGUCUUGUGGUUUUGCAUUGCACUCCAAACAAAUAAAGUUGUUUU